UGUUCUGCACAAUCAUCCGGAUUCUGGGACGACUCCAACAAAUAACUGUGCGAAAGUUAGAAUCUUUCACACGCAUAAUUAAACGUUGAUAUGCUUCAAAACAUAAUCUGCAACCUGGUUUAAAUAGACUGAAAAAAAGUCAUUGUAAAUCGGAUUAAAUUAUUAGUCUUUUUAUCAUGUUAAUAACCCAACGCACUUGCAAAGAACCCAACGUGUACAGAUUAAUUGAGAGUGUUUUUAAAUCAUUUUAUUGUAGUGAUUUAAGUGAAAGAAACAAAGAGCAUGUCGAAGUAAAUGUUAGUUACUAUACUGUUAAUAAGUGUAUUGUUUUAUACAAUUUCCUGGAACUUUUUACAGUGCGCAUUCAUUGGUAAGCAUGAAGUUUUCACUAAAAUAUUUGCUUGUAUAAUCCCCAUCAGUGCUCCUUAUGGAGCUGACAAAACGUUGAAGUAUAAUGCAGAACUAUUCACAUUUCCUGACGUAUCUUUAAUUAUUAAACACACCAAACGUUAUUAAACGCUAAGCAGUUGAAGUCUCACUCGAAAAGCAGGCUACAAGACACGCAAUCCCAGAAAGUGUAUCCAAACAUUGGGUCACUGCGCCAUACCAACGCAGUACAUUUGAUGCUAUGCAUGGCAUAUUUGUUACACUAAAAUUACUCGGCAAAAUAUAGCAUGGCAGUUAAUCCUCACAUUACUUUUCAAUUCAGAAUAAAAUCGUUAGGUGCAUAUACAUGAAUGUUGCUUGAUGAUCCAUAUAUCCAGAAAGAAGAUCAUUAUAAUGCUCAUCGUAAUAACAUUAUCUUAAUUUUGUAUCAGAAACAUUUAAAAAUGUCAAAUUUCGCGCCAAUUGUAUCAAUUGAACAACUGGCAGACUAACAUUUUGCUUUGAUCUUUUCUUCAGAGGAAAUAGAGUACGAAACAUGAGUGUCGAAGAUGACCUUGCCCGCAAUUUUGGGUUUGACAUUACCAUGUCAGACGGGAGUAUGGGUCUUCCGAGUGCAGUUCACAAAGAAUAUAUGGAACGAUGUCAUUUCCUGUACAAAGAAUUUAUAACAAACAUGGGCGUUCAUAUGAAAACAGAAAAACAACUGAGAAAGGAACUCAAAGAACUUCACCGAGAGAAAAUGCAACAUCUUCGGUUUUCUUUGUACAGGUCGGCGUCCAGUGACCCGUUUGCCAGACCAGAAGUCCAUUCUUCGUCAUCUAUGGCACUGGAAUCACGAAAUAACACCCCUUGGGCCAUGAGCACAGCUUCUGACAAGGACGACGCGGUUUUUAGACCCCAAACCGCACCUGUUCCAAAUAACCGCAAGUUGGAUAUAAUAUCUGAAAGACCAAAAACCGCCGCGGUAGAAACAAGUCACGUUAUUGAUGAAGAUAACGAAAGUGACUCCGGUUUAUCCGAGAUAAGUGAAGUCUCUAAUACUACAGUUGUAGGAGUAAUGGACCGGAAGACGGAACUUAGUUCCUCGCGUAAAAUAACAGUUGGUAAGACGUCGUUUAAUAAGAUUACACAUGGUAAGGUAAGAGCAAAAUUGAAAAACAAAGAUGGACGCUUCAUUGUGAAACCAGUAAGGACGGAUUUUGAAGACAUGCCUGAACAAGACACUCAGGCGUUCGACCCAUCAUUGUCGAAAAAACAAUUUGACCCGCUUCACGAGCGUUUGGCGCUCGUUCGUAAAAUCACAGACUUUAAAACGCCAACAAUAUCUUCCGAUAUGAAAAUAAAUAAUCGAGUUCCUAUACAAAAAAGUUUGAGAGGCAUAAAUGCCAAACGAACGACCGUCUCUGAAAUUUACCAAAAUGCGCGCGAAAGGAAAGCGAGACAUUUUCGUAUCGUAACCAUCAUGCCAAGGUCAAAGAGUGCAAUGAGCGCUAAAGAACAUAUUCCUUUACUUGCUAGACAAUUCAUUACUAAUUUAAGACGUAAAUCAGGACUUCUCGACAGAGAAACAAGUAGAUCUCCACAAGUAUCAAACAUGUACGGUCAUGGUGGGGGUGGGUAUGGUGGAAGCAGAGAGAGUACGCCAAUAACUCGGCAAAGAUUUCAAUCAGAAAAAGACGAAAUCGAAAGCGUUGCUUCGGCAAAUCAAGCAAAACCUAGAUCAAUUUUACAUUCAAACAGUAGUGGAAGUAUAAAAAGUCCGAACGAUAGUUCAAAUGCAAAAGAUUUAGCCUUUUACGCCAAUGUAAUGUCACGCCCAGCAUCCAAAGUAGCGUUCGUAAGGUCUGAUUCCCAAGCAUCAGGAAACGCAUUUUUACAUCCGAACGCCGACAAUAUUGACCUAUCUGCUAGUUUUGCAAGUAGCACGGGACAAGGAAAGCAGUUUGGGGAUAAAUUAAAUGUUUCUAUCAAUUCCGGAAACAGGCACCGGACAGCAAGUGGAACUUCUGAUGUCACGACUGCAUCUGCUCUCGCAGAAUCGCAAUUUUUAAAUGAAAGUACUGGAUCCCCUGUCCCCGGAAAUUCGCCUCGUCCUCGACACGGUCUGUCACCGGCUGACCUAAAAGCGCGCGGACUAGUCAGAUCUGAAAGCAGACAGUCUUUAGGGUCUGCAGGUGGGGGUUCGAACUCGUUUUUAGCAAAGGUUCAACAGAUUACUACCCCUGGUAGUACGGAAAAGGGUCUUCCGGCUCAAAAGCUUGCAUUUCAAGCACCUGUUAAAAUGGAGUCGCGGAAGGAUACCGUUGAUAUAGUCCGUCAACAACUUCGUCAAGACAAGCAGCUGGACGAGAGGAUGACAGUUUGGAGACGCCGAAUGGCUGUAAAAGCUUCAAUCAUGUCAAAUAGAUCAGGAAGGCUUAAAAUAAAGUAAAAAUGAACAUAUACAAAAAUCUUAAAGCAGCAUGCCUCUAGAU